AUGGAACUUAUAGACAGGGAAGCUGAGCUUCAUAAAGAAAAUGUUGCUUUGUCUGGAAGCAGCAGUUCAGAAGAUGCCUCCAGUCCCUGUGAAAUGCAGGCAGUAUCAGUUUGUACAGACACCACCACGUCUCCAGGUGACUACAUUCGAAGACGAGGUUAUACAGAGUCCUCACUUCUGAAGCUUCCCACAGAGAAGUACACUGGGAGCCAUCAUGCACCUUUCCAGUUUGACCGGCAUGCUUUGGCUAGAAUUUCCACUUCUCCAACUUUAAGGCGUCUAAGGAUGGCCUCUGCCUCACAAGCAUUGUCAUUUGAGGACUGCUCUGACACAGCUCAGCUGAGGAAUCAAAAGGAAUAUAUUUGUAAGAGUCCACCUCGGUGUGCUACAGCUUCCUCAUUGUUGUUGCCUUCUGGUGUCCGUGCAAAAUUACUGUCUUCCAAAGCCAAGUCUGAGGCAAGUAUAGCAAACCCAGAGUCUGCCAGCCCCAGAUCAAAGCUAUCAAGCCAAAAGAAUCCUCUCAGCAAUGGCAGUCCUAAUGAGACACUCCAAAACUCUUGGAGACCCAACUCUGCUACGCUGCCUAGGAGACUCCCCCACCCCAGCUCUACGCCACAGGAGGGUGUCCAGGUUAAAGACAAACAGAAGCAAGCAUCUGAUCUGGAAAACUGUCUUUCAACCAUUAAGACCAUCGGCUGCAGCACAUAUGAAUUUUACUGCUUUAAGAAUAAAUCUUGGCAUGAAUUUAUAAAGGUGCACCAGACUGAGCAGAAAGAUGUCGACAGCCGGUUAGAAGUGAAAAAAGAAGCAGCAGUGUGGGAACUUUUCACAAGUGAAUGCACUUACUUUCUGGACCAUUUGCUGGUUCUCAAGAUGAUAUUUAUGAACACUCUAAAAUACCUCCAGAGUAAUGAGUUUCUCUUGGAAGUGGAUUUGUGGAGACUUUUCGCAAACUUAUCGGAGUUAAACAAGAUAAGUCUCAGUUUUCUGAAAACUUUUUCUGAAACUGUGAAGGAGCAUGUCAGCAAGUCAGACUCUCCUAUGGAUUUCAGCUCCAUACUCAGAAAGUUUUUCCAGGGUGACCUCUGCCAGACACACCAGAUUUAUUGCCUUAAUUAUACCUCCGCUGUCGUCUACUUGGAAAAGCUGAGACAGAGAGAAGAUUUUGGCAUCUACCUGAAAUGGUGUGAACAAAAUGAACAGUGCAAGAGGCUGCAUCUGCCAGAGCUGCUGGUCGCUCCUUUGCAUCGACUGACACGCUAUCCCCUCCUCCUUAACAACAUCUGGAAGAGGAGCACUGAUGAAACAGAAAAAGGAUUUAUCUGGUCACUUAAAGAGAAGGUGGAAAAGUCGAUACGGGAUCUGGAAGGUAAAGUCAAGUGGUUGGACAAUUUUCAGAAGUUCAAGCAGCUGCAAGAGGUCAUAAUUUGGCCUCAGGUCUGGGAUCGUGACAAGAGAUUCUUUGUCCCAGAGUGUUUGAAGCAAAGCUUAAGAGAAAACAGCAGUGAAAACAUUUUUUCUUCAGCGAACAGACAUCUCCUUCAUGAAGGGAGGUUAACACUAGCAGAAAGCACAAGACUCCUUGACAUCUACCUCUUCCUAUUCGAUGAUUUCCUAUUAAUUACCAAAAUUAAACGUAACAAAAAGAAAUACGGGGGCUCAGACACCAGCUUAAUCCCAGUCUGUCCUUCCCUCACUCCUGAGCUGCAGUCCUUCAUAAGAGAAGGUGGAUAUUGUACAGUUCUAGACCAGCCCAUACCACUAGACAGACUGAUACUGAAAAAUGUUGACCCCGUCCACGUUACAGUCUUCAGCCUGCGAAAUGCUUUCCUAAUACAGCAUGAAAACAGGUAUUGUCAAUGCAUAGCAGUCUUCUUGCUACAAGCUCAGACAGAGACUGCCAAGAAAACAUGGAUGUCACAGAUAGAAACAGCAAUCUUCAAUUACACCACACAACAUAAAACCAAGAAAAGCACUGCUUUCUGCUUCCCAGCUGAAUCCUCUGAAAUUUAG